AUAAAAUCAGAAAACCUUGCAAAACCCAAGCUGGUGCUUCUUCUUCUUCUCCCUUGUGUCGAUAUGCCAAUAGCUCAAUGCAGCUGAGAACUGCUGCAAACAAGAAGAAAUUUCAGCUGCAAUUCCAAAAUCAAACAUAUCUUAAGUUGUAAAAGAGAGAUUUUCUCUUGCUAUGGAAAUAGCCACAGUUCAAUGGAGACCAACAGCUCUUCACUCCGCCCCAUUUUCCGCCCCUUACGGAAAUUACAGGCUCAAAAUUUCACGGCGGAAGAGGUUUAUAGUUUCAGCCUCUUCGUCUUCUUCAAGUGAUCCAGAUGGUUUCUCCUGGCUGCGGCUUUCUCAGUCCAUUCGCCGCGGUUCUCAGCGGUUUUUUGAGAAUUUGGGGGAGUCGGUGAAGAGGGAAACCGGGUUUGAUUUGAAGGUUCGAGUAGAUGAGUAUUCGGGUAGGGCGAAGGACUUGGCGCAGAAGACGCAGGAACAGGUCGAGCGUGUGAACUCUGAGCUGCUGCCUCAGUUUAUCAAUUGGAAUAAAAUGGAAAGUUGGAAGGAUUUAAAGAAUUGGGAUUCAAGAAGAUUGGGUGCUUUACUGUUAUAUGUAUUUGUGGCUGUUUUUUCCUUUCGAAGCAUAUUUAAAGCAGUCCGAGCUCCUAUUGUUGAGCGUGAGAAGAGGGAGUUGGCUGAGGCGUACAUGGAAGCAUUAAUUCCUGAGCCUACACCCACUAAUUUGAAAAAAUUUAAGCAAGGUUUAUGGAGGAAAGCUACUCCCAGAGGUAUGAAACUCAAAAGGUUUGUUGAAGGAAUUGAUGGGACACUUGUACAUGAUACUUCUUUUGUUGGGGAGAACGCAUGGGAGGAUGAUGCAGAAAAGGCCCAAGAAAACAUAAAAAAAGUAAUAGAACAGGACUCAGCAUUGAACAGUGAGGACAAACAGGUUCUCCAGGCAGAUUUGGGUCUAUCAGGUAGGAAUCAAGUAACUGGAGGAACAUGGCGUGAUAGACUUGCAGUGUGGAAAGAAAUUCUUCAGAAGGAGAAGUUAGCUGAGCAACUAAAUUCAUUAAACUCCAAGUAUGCGGUGGAAUUUGACAUGAAGGAGGUUGAGGACAGCCUUCGCAAGGAUGUAGUUGAGAAGGCCCAAAACCAACAAGGAACAAGGGCGUUGUGGAUCUCCAAAAGAUGGUGGCGCUACCGUCCAAAACUUCCUUACACUUAUUUCCUACAAAAACUUGAUUCCUCUGAGGUUGAUGCAGUCGUCUUUACAGAGGAUCUAAAACGGUUGUAUGUGACCAUGAAAGAAGGGUUCCCUUUAGAAUAUAUUGUUGAUAUCCCGCUUGAUCCCUUUUUGUUUGAGGCGAUAUCAGGUUCUGGAGUUGAAGUAGAUCUUCUGCAGAAACGGCAGAUCCAUUAUUUUAUGAAAGUUGUAUUUGCACUGUUGCCUGGAAUACUAAUCUUAUGGUUCAUCAGGGAAUCUCUGAUGCUUCUUCAUAUUACAACAAAUAGAUUUCUUUAUAAGAAAUAUAAUCAGCUUUUUGAUAUGGCAUAUGCUGAAAACUUCAUGUUGCCAGUUGGUGAAGUUGGCGAAGCUAAAUCCAUGUACAAAAGUGUAGUAUUAGGAGGAGAUGUCUGGGAUCUUCUGGACGAAUUGAUGGUAUAUAUGGGAAAUCCCAUGCAAUAUUAUGAAAAGGAUGUGGCAUUUGUUCGAGGUGUGCUUUUAUCUGGACCCCCAGGAACAGGGAAAACGCUGUUUGCAAGGACACUGGCUAAGGAAAGUGGACUUCCCUUUGUUUUUGCUUCUGGUGCAGAAUUUACUGAUAGUGAGAAGAGUGGUGCUACAAGAAUCAAUCAGUUGUUCUCAAUAGCAAGAAGAAAUGCUCCUUCUUUUGUAUUUGUGGAUGAGAUAGAUGCUAUUGCCGGAAGACAUGCUAAGAAGGAUCCACGAAGAAGAGCAACAUUUGAAGCACUAAUUGCUCAGCUUGAUGGAGAGAAAGAAAGAACUGGUGUUGAUAGAUUUUCAUUGCGGCAAGCUGUUAUUUUCAUAUGUGCUACUAAUAGACCAGAUGAAUUGGAUUUAGAAUUUGUUCGUGCUGGACGUAUUGACCGCCGUGUACAUAUUGGUCUACCUGAUGCAAAGCAACGAGUGCAAAUCUUUGGUGUUCAUAGUGCUGGGAAAAAACUUGCUGAAGAUGUUGAUUUCGAAAAGGUCGUCUUUCGCACUGUCGGUUACUCUGGAGCAGAUAUACGAAAUCUAGUCAAUGAAGCAGGAAUAAUGUCUGUCAGGAAAGGACACUUGAAGAUCUAUCAACAGGAUAUUGUUGAUGUCUUGGACAAGCAGCUACUUGAGGGGAUGGGUGUGCUACUCACAGAAGAAGAGCAGCAGAAAUGUGAACAAAGUGUAUCUCUAGAAAAGAGGAGGCUUUUGGCAGUGCAUGAAGCUGGUCACAUACUAUUAGCUCACUUAUUUCCUCGAUUCGACUGGCAUGCAUUUUCUCAGCUGCUACCUGGUGGAAAGGAGACUGCUGUGUCUGUCUUUUAUCCUAGGGAAGACACGGUAGAUCAGGGUUAUACCACCUUUGGGUACCUGCAAAUGCAAAUGGUGGUUGCUCAUGGUGGGCGUUGUGCUGAGCGCAUUGUAUAUGGUGAUGACAUUACUGAUGGAGGAAGAGAUGAUCUCGAGAAAAUUACCAAGAUUGCUCGAGAAAUGGUAAUUAGCCCAAGAAAUCCCAGGCUAGGGCUCACUGCAUUGACAAGAAGAAUUGGGCUCGUUGAUCGACCAGAUAACUCAGAUGGUGAAAUUAUAAGAUACAGGUGGGAUGACCCUCAUGUAGUCCCUGCAAAAAUGUCAGUUGAAGUUUCUGAGCUUUUCACAAGGGAGUUAACAAGGUACAUUGAUGAGACUGAAGAACUUGCUAUGAAGGGCCUGAGGGAGAACCGGCACAUAUUAGAUAUCAUAACCCAAGAACUGGUCGAACGUUCAAGGAUAACUGGAUUGGAAGUAGAAGAAAGAAUAAAAGGAUUGUCACCGAUUAUGUUUGAAGAUUUUGUGAAACCAUACCAGAUUAACUUGGAUGAGGAUGGACCCUUACCGCAUAAUGACCGCCUUAGGUUUCAACCCCUGGAUAUAUAUCCUGCUCCGCUGCACAGAUGUUGAACUCUUGCAGGAACGACAUGCUUCUUCAAUUCAACGAGCGCAAUCAUAUUUUCUCUCUGAUGAAAUCAGACGGCUGAAAGAUGUUGACACAUGAUAUCGAGUAGAUAGUUGAUAGCAGCAGCCAGCCCUGGCAGGGCACAACACAGAAACUGUAAUUUUACGAAUAUUUUGCACCUUCAGUUUCUCGAUUGGGGUGUAAUGUAGGUGUGAAUCCAGCUGAUGCAGUUACGCAAGUGCAGUUCACAUAAUUUUUUGGUUAUAUCUGAAAAGGGUUCCAUUUUUGAACA